CGUUACCGCGGUGUGUUGUGGGCAGCAGCCGUAAUCAAGGCCCGGCGUGACACGGCACAAAGUGAAUCUGCCGGUAGGAAGGGAGAGGGAAAGAGAGCUGCUGCGGCCGGUUGCGAGGAAGGCCGGGAGAGCUGACUGACGGCCUGCGAUAUGGUGGGAGUGAAGGUGAUCGGAGUGGACGCCGAGUUCCAGGCGGAGCUGAGUGCAGCAGGGUCCAGGCUGAGUGUGGUCAAGUUCACCAUGAGAGGGUGUGCUCCUUGUGUGAGAAUAGCACCGGCCUUUACAUCUCUAAGUAAUAAAUACCCCCAAGCGGUAUUUUUGGAAGUUGAUGUCCACCAGUGCCAAGCCACAGCUGCCGCCAACAAUAUAUCUGCAACACCCACGUUUUUAUUCUUCCGAAAUAAAGUAAAAAUUGAUCACUAUCAAGGAGCAGAUGCUGCUGGCUUAGAAGAAAAAAUUAAACAACACUUAGAAAAUGAUCAAGGAAGCAAUGAAGACACAGAUAUUCCAAAAGGCUAUAUGGAUCUAAUGCCGUUUGUGAGCAAAAAUGGCUGUGAAUGUCUUAAUGAAAGCGACGACAAUGGCUUUGAAAACUGCUUACGGAAAGAUCCUACUUACCUCGAAUCGGACUGUGAUGAACAGCUCCUCAUUACUGUAUCUUUUAACCAGCCAGUUAAGCUGUAUUCUAUGAAGCUUCAUGGCCCAGAUAAUGGUCAAGGUCCAAAAUAUGUUAAAAUAUUCAUAAACCUGCCACGAUCUAUUGAUUUUGAUGAAGCAAUGAGAAGUGAAGCUACCCAAGCACUUGAAUUAUCCCCCGAUGACAUCAAAGAGGAUAGCCUUAUUCAGCUGCGCUAUGUUAAGUUCCAAAAUGUCAACAGUGUAACACUAUUUGUCCAGUCCAAUCAGGGUGACGAGGAGACUACAAGAAUCGCAUACUUCACUUUCAUUGGGACUCCAGUACAAGCCACAAAUAUGAAUGACUUCAAACGGGUUGUAGGGAAGAAAGGAGAGAGCCACUGACCACAUGGAAGAUACUGGAUGGGAAAUCCAUGCAAAAUACUGGAUCUUCAGUCACCAGAACAUAGUACUUUAACCUAGAAAGUUAAUGUUUCAUUCAUCGAAAUUACCAAUAAAUCAUUGCUUUUUGUUAAACUGUUUCUUAAAGGUAAUUUUAUUUGAAUUUGGCUACAUGUAUUUGUAAAUAAACAUAACUUCUUUUGCCAACAUA